AUGACCUCCUCAAUGUCAUCACCCCACCAACCUCAACCCGCACCAACAUCACCCAUUGAAAUCCCAGAACUCCUCGAAAAGAUCCAUGCCUUCAUCCCCCUUCGCACCCUCCGCCACUCUGUCAUCUACGUCUGUCGACAAUGGUUCCUGAUCAACCGACAUCACAUCACCCCACGGGAACUUGUCUGGGAGUAUCAUUACCAGAACGAGAGUAUGAGCAAGGCUGUUCCUAUCCUGGCGUAUUUGGGGAGGAUCAAGUUGUAUUUCCGGUCGGUGAAUCAGGAGCAGUGUCAAGUUGAGAAUCGGCAGUGGAAAGUCUUUUUUAACGCGCUCAAGGGGACUCAUACUCGACGAUUACAACAUCUACAGCAACAGCGAGACCAGGAGCAGGGUCAAGAUACGAAAAUGGUGGGUCGGAGACUGCUGUAUGAGCCAACACCGAUCCUAGAUUUCAGUCUGAGCGGGACGUAUCCCAGCACCAAGGUCUACGAGCUCAUCCCCUACCUGUCCCACGUCACCUUCCUCCGAAUCGAUCAAAACUGGGACCACCACGUCUACCCCUACAAGAUAUUUCAAGGAUGUCCCCACCUCCUGCGCCUCUACGUCGGAUCCAAGACCCGCGUCGAGAUGUUUGGCGACUGGCUUCCUUCCGCUCCAGAGGAACAACAGCCUUUUACCUUGCGGGAACUCAUCCUCCAUAACGCCUACCUCAAACAGGACAGACUGGAGGAGUUCUUAGGGUUCACACCUCAUCUCACGGACUUGCAUCUUUCCAAUCUCUCGAUCAAGGGCAGGCCGGUCAUCCUUCCGGACCAGCGGUAUGAUUGUAGGGCUCUGAUUGCGGUCAUCAAGUCUCUGGGCCUACCACUCAAGACAUUUCAUUUCUCAGUCUAUAUGCGGCAUCAGGUGUCGUGGGAUGCACUCGUUGACGAGGACCUAUUCAAGUCGAUAUGCCAGGAUUCGCGAGAAUGGACGUUUGCAAUGGGCGAUUUAACACCACAACUAUUCCAAAACAUCCAGUGCCUCCCCAACACCAUUACGACGCUCAAUAUGGUCAACCGCCACACGGCCUACUACACACCAGACUCGAAACUUCACCUGUUCCUGUGCACCUCCCCGCAACUACUACACCUCCGCAUCCCCAGGACGACCUAUCACAUGUCCUAUCUAGACCUCUACCGCCGGAUCCCAAGCGUCGUCUUCGGAGACCGAUCUACAGUCGCCCAGGAGACCGAAGCUGCUCGGUACCCAGUCCCGGGCGUAUGGGCCUGCAGAGGACUCCGGACUUUACACAUUGCUUUCGAAACUCCUGGUGGGCAUUGGACCAAUAUCCGACUGGAGUAUCCUCGGGUUGCUUUUGGGUACAUUGUCAAGGUGUGUCCGGCCCUGAUAGAGCUCGAGAUCCAUGCGCCGAAUAAUUGGGAACGGCAUGCGUUCCAGCGGUACGAUCUCGCGGGCGGGUUUUGUCUCCUGGCUGGGUUACGGGAUUUGGAACGAUUGCGUGUCCCAGAGGGGCCGCAGAAGAAUGUCGACAAGCUGCAUGACAUGGACUGGAUGACUUCACCGCGGAACCUUUCUAGCAGCACUGGACUACAAAAUCGAAAAGAGCGACGCAAGAUUGUCUCCCAAUGGAGGGGGUUACUACUAGCAGAGGCGCACAAGGAUAGCAAGAGGCUCAAGAUGCUGGGCGACGAGUUCCAGAGACAUGAGGUCCGUUUGGGUUACGGUCUGUAG